AUGCUUUCUCAGGAAACCGUGGAGUGCUCAGAAUCGACUCAUAGCUUUGCUAUUGCAAACCCCUCCUUUGGCCGCGGGUCUAUUCGCGGUGAUGGAUCUCAGCCGGUUUCGUCGCAGGAUCAACUCCACAUGACGGUGGAGCAGGCUACCGCGCUGUUCGCCGUUAAUGUUGACGACAAUAAGGAAUGCACUGAAAGUGAGCGACAUCACAUCUCCACCCGAUGGCAAAAACGGGAUGGGCGCGACGAAUGCACCGUAUCGUCUAGCUCAACAACUUCGACGAUGAGCACGGAUUCGACCGAGGCCACGUGUUUUUCGAGUGAUGACGAUAGCAACAGCUGUCGGAGUUUGUUUUCUAGUGUGGCCAGUGUUGAGGAGGCCAGUCGCGGCGUCGUACGACGAAAGAGAACGCGCAGCUCAUCGUGCGGUUCCCCUUGUGUACUAUGCACACCCGCCAAAAACGCGCGCGCCCCGACUCCAGUGAGGGCGGUGGCGAAGGCGCCAGACAUUGGUGACCGCCUUCUGCUCUCUGAGGAGGGCUGCGCCUCUUCGUCGGUAUCGGAAGCGGCGCCGGACCCUUUGGGAAGCCUCUCCGAUGAGCAGUUGCUUGCGUUUCACCAGGUGGUACGAGAGGGCCGUUCCGUGUUCAUCACCGGCGGUGCCGGGACCGGGAAGUCUUACCUCCUCCGCCAGAUUAUCGCAUCGCUGCCAAGAGCGACCACAUUUGUAACCGCCACCACAGGCCUCGCUGCUAUGAACCUAAGCGGUACGACGCUCCACCGUUUUGCCGGAUGCGGCCUGGUGGAGCCUUGGAGUGAUCGCAAGGAGGUGCUCAGCAAAAUGCAAGCUAGCCAACGCUGCAGGGCGGCAUGGAGGGCCUGCCAUACUCUAGUAAUUGAUGAGGUUUCCAUGCUGGAUGCGUGGUUCUUCGAUCUGCUCGAGUAUGCUGCGCGGAGGAUCCGGCAGCGCCCAAAUGAUCCAUUUGGCGGCAUUCAACUCGUUCUAUCCGGUGAUUUUCUUCAGCUUCCACCCGUUGUCAAGCAACGGCGGCAUACUAAACCGGCUUUCUGCUUCGAAAGCGAGGCAUGGUUAAGGGUAAAUCUGCAAAUCUGUCUUCUCACAAAGCCCUUUCGGCAGAAGAAUGCUUUCUUCUUUCGUUUGCUUAACCAGAUUCGAUUUGGUCAGAUGGAUACCGAGUCUCUGACGUUCCUGGCUUCUCUCAGUGCGCGCACCGCGGUGGGCCCGCCUCCUAGGAAUCUUGACCGUGAACGCCAUUUCAAUCCGCACGAUCGAAUCCAAGCAAUGGGGGAUCCGUCAAGCUCACUGAUCCCAAGCCGGCCUUUGUUACCUAAUCUAUCGGACGCGAUGUCGCUGCGCGCAUUCGACGGUUAUACUUUACUCCGUUCCAAACGAACUGAGGUGGACCGGGAGAAUGCCCACCACUUUCGACAACUGGACACGGAGGUCUUUAUGUACCGCGGCUUUCACACGGGGCAAGGCGAGUUUCCCUCGCAGAACAUUCAAGAGGUGGUCGAGCUGAGGGUCGGGUGCCGCGUCAUGCUGAUCAAGAAUCAUGACACCGUGAACAGCCUCGUCAAUGGCAGCACGGGUACGGUUACUGGGUUUCUCGACAUCGCCAGAGGCUAUGCGCUCAGCGGGUCGUCGCUCACCCGAGAGGAGGUGCUGCGUUUGUGCUGCGGUAGGGGGGAAGAUACGGGCAGGCGGCACACCAAACUCCCCAUUGUCAAGUUUGACACGUCUUAUCCUUCGGGGGAUCAAUCCUCUUCUUCUCCCCCAGCGCUUCUCGAGAUUGUCGUGGAGCCGCGUGCGUGGGUGGAGAUGAGCGGGAAAACAGUGCUCUCUUCCACUGUACAACUUCCCCUCAUACUAUCCUACGCCAUCACUAUUCACAAAUCUCAGGGCAUGUCGCUCACAAAGGUGGACAUCGACCUGAAAAACUGCUUUGAGGCCGGGCAGGCAUACGUGGCACUCUCGCGCUGCACGGACUUUAAUUAUGUCCAUCUUGGUGCAUUUGAUAUGCGCGUCGUCACGCCCAACAUCACGGCGCUGGCGUACUACAAGGCCCUCGAGCUCGACCACCGGCGCCAGGGGCGUGCACCGUUGAAGGGAGGGGAUGCCUCUGGGGGUGACGGCGAGACUGCGGUGAGCAAUGCGUCGACUCGGUUGGAUGCCCUGCGACGAGGGAUCAUGCCGAACCUGGAGCUGGCCGCUCAGGUACGGCGCCUGACGAUGCAGCGGGUGCAGCCCGCGGAGGCGGUGCGCAAUGCUAAGCUCGUGAUGGACGUGAGCGCGUUCUUUAACUUAAUCAUCACGUCAGGGUCGGUGUUGAAGUAUGACCUGAUUUUUGGGCAGAAUGGCAACAUGAUGCGGUUACCUGACGCUGUUCGGCGAUUUCUUUCGGAUGUCGCUGCCCUUCCCGGUGCGCAUGUGUCUCUGGGUAGCGCGUCGACUCCGCCAUCCAUUCCAGCAGUAGCGCCGACUGGAAGAGGGGGGAGGGUGGAGGGGGGUGUAGCGAUCCCCUGCGAAAGUGGUGGGGGUGGCAACGGGGCCUCAGCGUCGCUAUGCGAUGCACGUAAUGUUGCUGCAGAGGCACUUGUGCUGAUUCAACGCGCUAAAUCGGAUUUUGUCUUCGACGCGCAGAGCGAGGAUCAGCGGCGACCAGUACCAGGCAAUCCCUUGCCCGAGUGGCGGCCCUACGCAGCGGUGCUACCCCUGCUCGACCCCCGCCACCCACUUCGGACUUACACUAUCGACUCAUCGACGCAGCUGCAUUUGACAUCGGAAGGGGUCGGCGGCUCCAUCGCAUGUGGAGAGGGGUGGUCGCCGUGUGAGGAAUCAAUGCACUCGAGUACACUGUCGUGCGAUGAAUGGGGUUUUAUCUUUAACCAGCAUCCACGUGAGAUCCUGUUGUGUCGAGAAAUUCUGGAAUACUCUAUUUAUCUGCGAGAAAGGUACGGGCCCAGCGUUAGUGUGUGCACGGAUUCUCUGACGUUGGCGUCCUAUUCCAUGGCGUUUGGGCUGCAAGUCGUUUCCAUGGGAUUUCUAGCAUCAUCGUCCUCCUCGAAUGUGCAAUGCAAAAGUUGA